AGCUUUUCUACCGAUUUGGCGGUAAAGUUGUUGUUAAAAUAUUAUAAAUUAAAUACUUUUGUUGUAGUAAUAUGGCAAAACGACAAAGUACAUUGUUUAAUUAUUUUUCGAGCCCAAAAGUUCCCAAGAAAGAAGUUACAAAGAAAGAAAUUGCUAAAAGUGAUGAUGAGGAAGAAAUAAUUACAACCAAGAAACGUCAUAGACAAGUACUUGAUGACUCUUCAGACAGCGAUAAUGAAGGGAACAAAAAGAAAACUUCUAAAAGAGAUGUCAGAUCUAGUAGUAGCUCAGAAUCAGAAAAUUCAUCUCCAAAUAAAUCAAAGAAAGUCAGCGUCAAAAAUAAAAAGAAUAAGGAAGAUUCUGAUGAGGAAAGUGUAAGUCCUAAAAAGCCUGUAAAAGCUGUAUUUACCAAACCAGUGUCAAGUGAAUCUUCAAGUCAAGAGUCAUCAACAAAUAAUGAAGCUACUGAUAUGCACACCAGUUGGUUACAUAACACUCUAGACUUUUUGAAGCCCGAAAAUAUUAGAGACAUUAAUAAAAGAAAACCAGAUCAUCCAGAGUAUGAUUCUAGAACUUUGUAUGUCCCUGAGAAGUAUUUAGCUACCUUAACACCUGUUAUGAAACAGUGGUGGGAGUUAAAGAGUCGACACAUGGAUACAGUUUUGUUUUUUAAAGUAGGAAAAUUUUAUGAACUUUACCACAUGGAUGCAGUUGUAGGUGUUAUUGAACUUGGAUUUUCAUAUAUGAAGGGAGAGUUUGCACAUUCAGGAUUUCCAGAGAGUGCAUAUGGAAAAAUGUUGCCUAUAUUGCUGGAACAAGGCUAUAAAGUAGCAAGAGUUGAACAAACUGAAACUCCGGAAAUGAUGGCUGAAAGAUGCAGGGGUAAAUCAACUACUAAAUUUGAUAAAGUCGUCAAGAGAGAACUUUGCCAAAUUACAUCAGAUGCUGUUUGUGUAUAUACUGCUCAGAUGGAAGAUUGGCAGAAUGAAAAACCUCGUUUUAUGAUUGCUAUAUGCACGAAAGAUGGUGCUUAUGGAACUGCCAGGAUUGGAGUUUGUCUUGUUGAGACCUCAAUGGGAUUUUUCCAUCUGUCCGAAUUUGAUGAUGAUAAACAUUUUUCUAGACUUCUUGCACUUUUCACAGAAUUUCCACCUGUAUUGAUUCUGACAGAAAAAGGUACAGUGAGCAAAGAACUUUCUGAAUUGUUACAAACCCAUUUCAAGGAUAUCAAACAAGAUUCGUUAGUAACGAAGUCUCAGUUUUAUACAGCUUAUGAUACGUUAGAAAAACUUUCUUCAGCAUGUUACUUCAGAGAUAGUGAAGGAAAUUUUGCCUGGCCUGAAUUUUUCAAGACAGUAGCUGAUGAUUGUAUGCCUAAACCAGAAUAUGAGUUAGUGAUAAGGUCUUUAGGUGCCUGUAUGUGGUACCUCAAGGACUGUAAAGUUGACAUUCAAGUAUUAUCCAUGAAAAAAUUCAAAUGGUAUGACCCGUUAGAUUUUACCCUAAAAGAUAAGCGCAAUCAAGAUCAUUUAGUACUUGACUCAGCCACUAUCCAUAAUUUGGAGUUGCUUGGUUUUUCAAAUACAUUGAAAAGCGUUUUGGACCAUUGUAAAACAUCAUUUGGAAAAAGGUUAUUGGCGAGGUGGAUUUGCAGACCAUUAUGUGACCCAGUAAAAAUUAAAGAGAGACAGAAUGCAAUCAAGCAUUUAGUUAAUGAUACCAGUUUGUUACAGGACGUCCAAAAUAUUCUUAAAGAGACACCUGAUCUAGAACGUCUGUUAAUGAAAAUACACACGUAUGGUAGUAAAUCACUUACAACUCAGCAUCCAGACGGAAAAGCAAUAUUAUACGAUAACAAGACUUAUUCAAAAAACAAAAUUAGAGAUUUUUUGAAAACUUUAAAGGGAUUUGAAAAAGCCUGUGAAAUUACUCAUUUGUUUAAAGGUUGUGAAGACCGACUUCUGAGAAAAUUAACACAGGUAAAACCAACUGGAGGAUUUGAGGAUUUAUCUGAAACUUUAAGAUAUUUUGAGAAUGCUUUCGAUCAACAAGAAGCUGAAAAAGAAGGAAAAAUCAUUCCCAGAAAAGGUGUAGUCGAGGAAUUCGAUGAAGUCGAGGAUACUAUUGAUUCCAUUAAUAAGAAGCUAAACGAUUAUCUGAAGGAACAAUCCAAAUUCUUUGGUUGUUCUGUAAAAUAUGUAGGAACGGAUAGAAAAAGAUUUCAGUUAGAGGUUCCUGACAACAAGAGUCACAAAGCCACAGAAAAAUAUCGACUAGAAGGUAGCAAAAAGGGAGCUUCAAAGAAAUUUACAACUGAUACUACACGGGAGUUGUUAGCCGAAAUGAUCGAAGCAGAAGGAAUUAGGGCCAAAGUCAUUCUCGAUAUAAGUAGAAAAAUUUUCGAGAAAUUUAGUAGCAAACAAGAUCAGUUUGAUAGGGUGAUCCAAUGUUUGACAGUUCUCGAUGUAAUUUGCUCUUUAGCCGAAUACGCAAAAAACUAUUCAUACGACAUAUGCUUACCGAAUGUACUACCAUUUAGUGACGAGCCGAAACUAAUAAUUCAAGAUGGACGUCAUCCGUGUGCUCAAAACCUGGACAGUUUUGUUCCAAACGAUACUAUGAUGGGUGUCGACGGAUUUCCUUCCCUGAUUGUCAUAACUGGACCAAAUAUGGGUGGUAAAUCAACGCUUAUGCGACAGAUAGCUGUAAUCUGCGUUAUGGCCCAGAUGGGAAGCUACGUUCCUGCAUCAAAGUGUGAGCUUACUCUUCUAGAUCGUAUCUUCACCCGUCUUGGUGCCCAAGAUGAUCUUACUAAAGCUCAGUCUACAUUUUAUGUAGAACUUUCAGAAGCAUCCUGUAUACUUCAGUAUGCUACAAAACAUUCACUGGUUAUCAUCGAUGAGUUAGGUCGAGGAACUUCAACACACGAUGGAAAUGCUAUAGCAACCAGUUAUGUUAAGAAGUUGACAGAGUUUAAAUGCCGAACGACGUUUUCUACUCACUAUCAUUCACUAGUCGACCAUUUCACGGAUAGUCCUGAAGUACAGUUAGGACAUAUGGCCUGUAUGAUUGAGAAUGAAGAUAACGAAGAAGAGAUUUCUGUUGAACACGUGACAUUUUUGUAUAAAAUGGCAAAAGGCAGGUGUCCUAAAUCAUAUGGAUUUAACGCAGCUAGACUUGCUGGUCUCGAUAACAAGCUCAUCUCGGAAGGAAUGGCGGUAGCUAGGCGAUUCGAAGACAGAAAUAAAUUGUGGAAUGCUUUUCAAACUUCAAUACAUUCAAAACAAAUUUCCGAUAUUCGGCGGGCCAUAACGUCUCUUUCUGUUUAGUCUCUUAAACUUGUUGCCAUAGAUUGGCUAUAACUAAUUAACUAAAUGUCUUCUUUUUUCUUCAUUUAACAAGAUUCAACUAAAUGAACACCAGUAGAGCAGAUGGUUGUAAAAUUAUAUAUAUUUUACAAGUUGAGUUUACCAAAAAUACAAGCUGAAUAUAGCCCCAAAUGUUAACCAUGAAAUAAAAUAUUUCGGUUUGGCAGUUUUGGGAUGUUAUUAGAAUGCAUAUUUUGUAUGUUUCAAAUAUAAAGAGAGAAAGCUUUUAAAAAGUACAUUUUGAUUAUAGUAUUUCAUGAAUUCUGCAACUUUUAAUUUAUAUAAAACAAUAACGAGUAAAUAUUUGUCUCUUUCGAGAUUAAUAAUUGCAAACAUCUGUUGCAAUCUGGCAACUGCUGAUUUGACGAUUGCCAAAUCUAUCUCCUAAUCUAUCAAAGGGCAAUUGCCAAAAGUAUUACUAAUACUUAACUGCAAUUAAUCUCCAAAGAUACAAAUAUUUACUUAUUCUUGUUUUAGAUCAAAAAUUGCAGAAUUCAUAACAUAUAAUAAAAAUGUACUUUUCUAAAGCUCUAUCUCUUUUGUAUUUGAAGCAUACAGCAUAUACAUUAUAAAAACAUACCAACACUGCUAAAUCGAAAUUUUUGUUCCAUGUUUGACAUUUGCGGCUAUAAUCAGCUUGUACUUUCGGUAAACUCAACCAUUUUACAUAAUUAGUAAUUGUCAUAUUUAAAAUGAAGAAUGAGAUACAUCUAUAUUUUCAAAUUUUAUUAAAUUUUCUUUUUCU